UCCGAGUCGGUGGCCGUCAAGAUAUUCUUCAGCCGAGACGAGGCCUCUUGGAAUCGCGAGACAGAGAUCUACAGCACAAUAAUCCUGAGGCACGAGAAUAUACUGGGAUUCCUGGGCUCCGACAUCACGUCCUAUAACUCGUCGACACAGUUAUGGCUAAUCACUAAUUACCACGAAUUGGGUUCGCUGUACGACUACAUGAAUGGGCAGCCGCUGAGCGCCGGCCAAAUGCGGACAAUACUGUUGUCGAUAGUGUCGGGUCUAUUGCAUCUGCACACCGAGAUCUUUGGCCGCUUGGGUAAGCCGGCCAUCGCUCACAGAGACAUGAAGACCAAGAAUAUACUGAUGAAAACACCGCAUACGUGUUGUAUCGCCGACUUUGGUUUGGCCGUCAUUCAGACUGAGGCCACGGGUGAAGUGAAGUUUGGCAUUCGGAACCAUAGGGUCGGCACUAAACGAUAUAUGGCUCCCGAAGUGCUCGACAUGACAAUGAAGAGCGAUGUGUUUGAGUCGUACCGAUUGGCCGAUAUAUACGCUUUAGCGUUGGUCUUCUGGGAAGUGGUUAAUCGGACAGAGUUUGACGGCGUUGUCAACGACUAUAGCAUACCAUUCAGCGAAUCCGUGCCAAACGACCCGAGCUUUGAAGAUAUGCGCAAAAUUGUGUUCGACUACAUGAAUGGGCAGCCGCUGAGCGCCGGCCAAAUGCGGACAAUACUGUUGUCGAUAGUGUCGGGUCUAUUGCAUCUGCACACCGAGAUCUUUGGCCGCUUGGGUAAGCCGGCCAUCGCUCACCGGGACAUGAAGACCAAGAAUAUACUGAUGAAAACACCGCAUACGUGUUGUAUCGCCGACUUUGGUUUGGCCGUCAUUCAGACUGAGGCCACGGGUGAAGUGAAGUUCGGCAUUCGGAACCAUAGGGUCGGCACCAAACGAUAUAUGGCUCCCGAAGUGCUUGACAUGACAAUGAAGAGCGAUGUGUUUGAAUCGUACCGAUUGGCCGAUAUAUACGCUUUAGCGUUGGUCUUCUGGGAAGUGGUUAAUCGGACAGAGUUUGACGGCGUUGUCAACGACUAUAGCAUACCAUUCAGCGAAUCCGUGCCAAACGACCCGAGCUUUGAAGAUAUGCGCAAAAUUGUGUGCAUUGAUCAACAGAGACCUCCCAUACCUGACAGAUGGCAAUCAAAUACCAUUUUGGAGAGUUUGACAAAAAUCAUACGCGAAUCGUGGGCUCAGAACCCGUCGGCCCGACUGACGGCACUGCGAAUUAAGAAGUCUUUGCUGAAGAUCUUCGACAAUGAGUUUAAACGUAAAACCAUAAAAGAGGCGGAAGUCUAGUAGUUUUCGAGCCAUGAUUUUUGUAGUCGACAUGAAUUGUACAGAUUUUAGUGUUUCUUUUGCUGCCAAUCCUCUCAUAAUAAUGUCAUUUAUUUUUAUUUAAAUUCAUUUUUGAUUAGAUUUACCGCUCAAUCGUUAGCACAAUAGUUGUGAGGCU